AUGCCAGGGCUGGGUGCCAGGUCUGGAUGCCAGGACUGGAUGCCAGGGCUGGGUGCCAGGUCUGGAGGCAAGAGCUGGAUGCCAGGACUGGAUGCCAGGACUGGAUGCCAGGGCUGGGUGCCAGGUCUGGAGGCAAGGGCUGUAUGCCAGGGCUGGAUGCCAGGGGGUGGGUGCAAGGGCUGGAUGCCAGGUCUGGGGGCAAGGGCUGUAUGCCAGGGCUGGAUGCCAGGGCUGGAUGCCAGGGCUGGGUGCCAGGUCUGGAUGCCAGGACUGGAUGCCAGGGCUGGGUGCCAGGUCUGGAGGCAAGAGCUGGAUGCCAGGACUGGAUGCCAGGACUGGAUGCCAGGGCUGGGUGCCAGGUCUGGAGGCAAGGGCUGGGUGCAAGGGCUGGAUGCCAGGGGGUGGGUGCAAGGGCUGGAUGCCAGGUCUGGGGGCAAGGGCUGUAUGCCAGGGCUGGGUGCCAGGUCUGGAUGCCAGGACUGGAUGCCAGGGCUGGGUGCCAGGUCUGGAGGCAAGAGCUGGAUGCCAGGACUGGAUGCCAGGGCUGGGUGCCAGGUCUGGAGGCAAGAGCUGGAUGCCAGGACUGGAUGCCAGGGCUGGGUGCCAGGUCUGGAGGCAAGAGCUGGAUGCCAGGACUGGAUGCCAGGGCUGGGUGCCAGGUCUGGAGGCAAGAGCUGGAUGCCAGGACUGGAUGCCAGGGCUGGAUGCCAGGGCUGGGUGCAAGGGCUGGUGCAAGGGCUGGGUGCAAGGGCUGGAUGCCAGGGCUGGGUGCAAGGGCUGGGUGCAAGGGCUGGGUGCAAGGGCUGUAUGCCAGGGCUGGGUGCAAGGGCUGGUGCAAGGGCUGGGUGCAAGGGCUGGAUGCAAGGGCUGGGUGCAAGGGCUGGAUGCCAGGGCUGGGUGCAAGGGCUGGGUGCAAGGGCUGGAUGCAAGGGCUGGAUGCCAGGGCUGGAUGCCAGGGCUGGAUGCCAGGUCUGGGGGCAAGGGCUCGAUGCCAGGGCUCGAUGCCAGGUCUGGGGGCAAGGGCUGGAUGCCAGGGCUGGGUGCAAGGGCUGGGGCAAGGGCUGGGACAAGGGCUGGGACAAGGGUGUCCCAGUAGUCUAA